AAUGAUCGGCGUUAAAACCGAGUUUCCAGAAACCUGCGCGAUUACUUUUCUAGUAGAGGAGGUCAGAAAAACCAACCUGAUGCUGCACCCUCGGGCCUUCUUAUGGCCCACAGAUAUUCGAGCUGCCAUGGAUGCUGCCAUUUCAGUUUGAGCCGCUGCUCCAAUAUGUUGCUAGUCGGAGAAGGUCAAGGCCAAGCCUAACUGUCGCAUGACGAACUGCACGCGGAAAUGUGUCUGUUGAUGGUUUCUAAUUCUGCUGUAUCAAUGCAUUCCUCGUGCUCAUACAAAAUGCUUACAAAAUUGUCACUAUUUAUGUGGACUUUAAUGCUGAGUGGAAGAACAUUAAAACCUUGCAGUUCCUUUAAUCUUUAUCAUUACGCGGGAAAGUAUACUUUUCCACGAACAGAGAAUUCGUCGGUUUCGAACAUAUCGCAUACUGUGGAACUCCCUACAUACAAUAUGACUGAGAAAUUUCAGCAAAACCCUACUAUCUUUCAUGUUCAGCCUAAUGUGAAAGAAAGUAAAGAGAAUGAAAUUGACUUAAAAACACAAAAUGUUUCAAAAAUAUCAACACUUCCGUUGAAAAAUGAAACUGAAGAUCAUGUUACGGAUCGAAAUUCAGGCUUACCGCAGAAGUCGUCACAAAUGGAGAAUCUUAAUAAAAACCAAAAUCAUUUAUAUGGUGACUUUAAAAUUGAGGAUGGUGACUCAAUUGUCGUUUCUACGUCAGACAUUCAAUCUAAUAUAUUUUCGAUGGAGGAAACUACAAAUACUUUACACAAGCAACUUCGCUUAUUCUCCUCACCCUCAAAACGUUCUGGGAACGAAGUGAAUGAAAAUUCUUCCGAAUCUAAAAGGAAUUUAGUGGCUACAUCCAGGCAGUUUCUAUUUCAUCCUUUCUUACCUUACGGCAAAGAUCUUAUGCCCGAUGAAAAAAUAUCCAUUCACGAUAUUCUUCCUGUCAGAAUGGUGAAAUUCGUUAAAAGUAUGGUUGAAGAAGCACCUUGGGAACAAAUGUUCAUGAAAAUGGUACGAAUGGUAGUCGAUCAGUUUGUUGACAAAAUAAUUGAAAAGAUGUUCGCUCAUAAAGAUGAUGACCAUGACAAAUGGCGAUCGUCUGAUGUGUUAUUGGCACCCACCUGGGUGUUACCAACAUUUGCGACACCUAUAGUACGACUCAGAAGGUCUGCAGAUACGAAACCUAAAGAACUUCCAGCUAGAGACCUUAUUCUCUCAACACUGUCUUCUACUAAUCAACUUGAGUUGCUAAAAUAUCUCUCUGAAGAAAAAGGAGGUGUACCUGAGUCUCGAACCUGGUUAGAUGAAAUAUUAGAUUAUAUUUUUCCUGAUUCCAAAACUGAUUCAGACAAAAUGUCUAAGCGAGAUGUCACUAAGCCAAACAAUACAAUAGAAAAUGAAUUUCUUAAACGCUUUCUGUCUUUCUUGGCCACGUCUUCCGAAGAAUCUGUAGCCUCAAUUAGCGAUAGCAGUAAUUCAGAAAUUACGAAAAAUAAUAAUAUGAGGGACAGUAUGCUAAAAGAAAAAGGUUCAUCUGACGUUGAGUCUAUGAACGAAAAUACUGAAAGAAAUAAUGUUUUCACAAAAAAAGCAGCUGAAAUCGCAGAAGAGUUGUUGCAAGAUUAUGUCCAAUCUAAAAUUCAGCCACAUGCUUUACGUAGCAAACGAUCGUUAGACCAACGAAGCAGUGACAGACUGGAGAAAAGAUUAUGGCAAGCUACACUUCGACAGAGACCACAGAACAGCAAGAGAGAUUACUGUAGCCUGAGGAGAGCCUGCAACGCCGGAAGGCUGCUUUCAAGAUUGCCAUCAGUGGAAGAGAUUACGCUUCAGUUGAGAAGUUAUGGAAAUGAACCUCACUGGGAUGCACUCAUAUGGGGAAUGAAAAAGAAGAGGUGUUCUAGAAUCUUCUGCAAACGUCAAAGAUCACCUAAGGGCUCUAGACAGCCUUGGAACUUAUUUGUUGAUCGACCUUCCAGAAGAAAUGAUUCCCCUCCAGACGCUGACUUUAAGCAUAAAACUGGAUGGGAGGAUAAUAAUAUAAUUGCCUUCGCACCUAGUAUUUUUAACCGAAGAAAAUUAAGAACGAAGAGGGAAAUAGCAGUACAUGUACCACCAGUAUUAAAAAUAAGUGAUGAAAAUACUUGGAGAUUUCAUUAGAGCAACUACUGAUAAAUGCCAAGUAUAAUUUAAUACUGAUAUGUUUUUGUCAAGGAUUGACUUUGAACAAUUUUUUGUCCGUUUUGGAACCCGUCUGAAUUGCAUACAGGUUUGCAAGAUAUUGACAGCGGGAAAAUCCAUAAUAAAGACUAUUGCAGACAUUUUAUCUUUUAGUAGAAAAUGCCUGCAGCGAAUUUUGAAAUCCUUGCAACGAUAUUUCUAGCUUUUUUGCGUGGAGUGAAAAAUAGAAAAGAAUUGAUCUUAUUCAUUGACACUGUUAUCAGUGUUAUCCUAAUUUAAAAUCUCAUAUUAAGAGAACGUCACAUUAUUACUGUAUGUUUUUAUCUGAUGUUUUCAUAAUUUAUUCAAAUGAUUUGAUAUUGCUGUUUUAUGUAUAUGCUAAUGUAUUUUUGUACCAAAGUUAAUUUAAAUGUACACUCUAUGAGGAUGUUCCUAAGUCUUAGAAAGAACUACCGAGGUGUGUGAAGUUUUUAUUUAAUUGUGUUGUUGUGAAUAUAUCGUUCAUGUAAAUAUUAUAUGUAUUAAUUCAGUAUCUUAAUUGAUUCUUCUAAAGUAAUGUGCUCAAACUUGAACUGCUUUUCUACAUUUCCUUUAGUUAUUGCUAAUAUAAUUAGUAGUAGUUUUAUUUAUACUGGUAGAUAGAAUGCAUAAAAAGACCAUACAUCAGUUCUCUUACAGUUAACUUGAAUAUUACAACGAUCUUUGUUCAAUAUACAUAAUUGUAUAUUGUCGUAUGAUUUUAUAUAAAGAGAAGUAUAGUAAAAAAAUAUAUAAAGUAAAAAUAUAAGUAAAAAUAAAAUAUACCUUGUUACUUUAAAUUACAUUUUACAUUUAAAAAACUGAGUACGGAACAUAAUCUUCGUAUAUAUCAUCAUUAAAGUAUAAAGCACAGAAUACAGUAAGGAAUAAUGCUGUACUUAAUUUUAGCGAAAUGAUAUAUGGUUGAGUAAAAAUAUUUUUAUGCUUACAUAUUUAGAUGAUUGACAUGCUUUUGUUUUGCGCUUUAAUUGGGUCGUAUGAUUUCCUUAGCUGUAGAAAAGAUUCUUGUAAUAAUGGUCAAGUUACUGUGUACUAAUUAAUAAUUAUUAUUUUUCACAAAAUAAAAGCUUCAUUGCUUAAAUAAAGUAAUGUUUUAAUAUUUGG